UUCGAUGAUAAGAAAAACACGUUCAGUUUGUUUGGGGAACUUAAAGAGCAAAAACGCGAAACUUAACUAUGUCAGAGUAUUUAAUUGCUGACACAGAAUAUGGUCAAGUUCGUGGAGAGAAAAUAAUUUCAGAAGUUGGAAUUCCAUACAUUCGAUUUUUGGGAAUUCCAUAUGCAAAACCAACUGUUGGUGACCUUCGAUUUCAGAAUCCCAUAACAUCAGACUCUUGGGAAGGAGUUCGUGAUGCUUUAAUUGAGCCACCGCCAUGUGCAGGCAAAAAUAACCACACAAAGCAGUUUCUAGGAACUGAUGACUGUCUAUACUUGAAUAUUUACACGAAAAAUCUAAAUCCUGAUAAGAAAUGUGCCACAAUUGUUUAUUUACAUGGAGGAGGAUUCAGAGGCAACAGCUCAACCCUUGAAGUCUACAGCCCAGAUUACAUUCUCAUGUCAGAUGUCGUUUUUGUUAUCUUCAAUUAUCGUCUCGGAUCAUUAGGCUUUGCCAACUUUAAUGACAAAAGUUUGAAUAUUCCCGGCAAUGCAGGCAUGAAGGACCAACAAAUGGCAAUGAGAUUUGUGCGUGAGAAUAUUCAACAUUUUGGUGGUGAUCCAGGCAAUAUAACAUUAAUGGGACAUAGCAGUGGUGCAUCAAGUGUCGGAUUGCAUUGUGUGGCUGAAAGUUCUAAGGGUUUAUUCCAUAAAGCAAUUUUGAUGUCUGGAUCGCCAGUUGGGCGAGAAUGUGAUGUGCCUCAGUUGAAUUGGACGAAGAGAUUAGCUGAAAAGUUGGGAUAUGAUGGAGAUUUAGAGAAUGAUAAAGAUGUGCUGGACUUUUUAAAUACUGUCGAUAUCAUUAAGAUGGCUGAAGCUGGUUACGAUUUAGCUACAAAAGAUGAAAAGAAGAAACUUGGUAUUCAGCUAAAUUUUGCACCACAUAAGGAACUUUAUGCCACUGAUUCUUCAUUUUUAUUGAACUCUCCAAUUGAUUUAAUGGAAAAUGCAUGGAGCAAUGACAUUGACAUCAUGAUUGGUGGGACUAGAAAUGAAGGCAUGGUUCAUUCGGAUAUCAAUUAUGCAGAUGCUGUUCCUGUUGCUUUAUCUAAUCCUCGUGAGGGUCCAAAACUUGAUGAGUUGAUUGCAAAGUUUCAAGAAUUCUAUGAAGCUAAGUUUGGAACAGGAAAGCAAGCAUAUGAGGAAUUCCGAGGUGACUCAUUCCGUUGGUCUGGCAUGAUACGAGCCAUCAAGGCUAGACUUUCAUCAGCUGGAAAGGGAAAAACCUAUUUGUACAAAUUUUGUGUUGAUUCACCGACACAAAAUCAUUAUCGGAAUCGUGCUUUUGGAAAGGGAUCAACAGGUGUGAAUCAUGGCGAUGAGUUAUCAUAUUUUUGGAAGAAUAAUGAAGGAGACGUUCCAGCUAGUGACUCGAUGGAGUUUCAGGCUAUUAAAAGAUUUACCUCAAUCAUCACAUCCUUUGCUGUCAACGGAAACCCAAAUAAUCCAGAAAUAGCUGAUGUUGACUGGAAACCUAUCGAUAGUAAGCCGUACAAGGGUUUAAUAAUUGAUCAGAAGCUUAAAAUCAAAGAAUUUGAAGAAGCUGAAAGAAUUUUGAAUUUCUGGGUGAAGCUUUUUGAUGAGAAUGGCGCCAAAUUUUGUUAAAUUAUUAAAAAUUGAUUUUAAAUGCGUCAAAUAAAAAAAAAAUUCAAAAA